UGGGCUCAGUUUUCACGCAUAAAAGGAAGGUUCUCUCCGUUAGCUUCCAGUUGUCAAACGACUUGCAGCGAGCGUCAGGAGUCCGCCCAGGAACUCGGCACAGCGCCUCCUCCAGCUCUCCCGCCAGAGCCACACACGGCACCGCCUCCGCCCGCCGGCGUCCCGCCCGCCGCCGAGAUGCUCGCCCGCGCCCUGCUGCUCUGCCUCGCCCUGGCGCUCGGCCAGGCAGCAAAUCCUUGCUGUUCCAACCCCUGUCAAAACCGAGGUGUAUGUAUGAGUGUAGGAUUUGACCAGUAUAAAUGUGACUGUACCCGAACAGGCUUCUAUGGUGAAAACUGUUCAACACCUGAAUUUCUGACAAGAAUAAAAUUAUUUCUGAAACCCACUCCAAAUACAGUGCACUACAUACUUACCCACUUCAAGGGAAUCUGGAACAUUGUCAAUAACUUUCCCUUCCUGCGAAAUGCAGUUAUGAAAUAUGUGUUAGUGUCCCGAUCACAUCUGAUUGAGAGCCCGCCAACUUAUAACGUGCACUAUGGCUAUAAAAGCUGGGAAGCCUUUUCUAACCUCUCCUAUUACACCAGAGCUCUUCCUCCUGUGGCUGACGGCUGCCCAACUCCCAUGGGUGUGAAAGGGAACAAAGAGCUUCCUGAUUCGAAAGAGAUUGUGGAAAAAUUUCUCCUAAGAAGAAAGUUCAUCCCUGACCCCCAGGGCACAAACAUGAUGUUUGCAUUCUUUGCCCAGCACUUCACUCAUCAGUUCUUCAAGACAGAUCCUAAGCGAGGACCAGCUUUCACCAAAGGCCUAGGUCAUGGGGUGGAUUUAAAUCAUAUUUAUGGUGAAACUUUGGAUAGACAGCAUAAACUGCGCCUUUUCAAGGAUGGAAAAAUGAAAUAUCAGAUAAUUAAUGGAGAGGUGUAUCCGCCCACAGUCAAAGAUACUCAGGUGGAGAUGAUCUACCCUCCUCAUGUCCCUGAACACCUGCGGUUUGCUGUGGGGCAGGAAGUCUUUGGUCUGGUGCCUGGCCUGAUGAUGUAUGCCACGAUUUGGCUUCGGGAACAUAACAGAGUAUGCGAUGUGCUUAAACAGGAGCAUCCAGAGUGGGAUGAUGAGCGGUUGUUCCAGACGAGCAGGCUCAUACUGAUAGGAGAAACUAUUAAGAUUGUGAUUGAAGACUAUGUACAGCACUUGAGUGGCUACCAUUUCAAACUGAAGUUUGACCCGGAGCUGCUUUUCAACCAACAAUUCCAGUACCAGAACCGCAUUGCUGCUGAGUUUAACACACUCUAUCACUGGCAUCCUCUUCUGCCUGACACCUUUCAAAUUGAUGACCAGGAGUACAACUUUCAACAGUUUCUCUACAACAACUCCCUCUUACUAGAACAUGGACUUACCCAGUUUGUGGAAUCAUUCAGCAGGCAAAUUGCUGGCAGGGUUGCUGGUGGUAGGAAUGUUCCAGCUGCAGCACAAAAAAUAGCAAAGGCCUCAAUCGACCACAGCAGAGAGAUGAAAUACCAGUCUCUUAAUGAGUACCGCAAACGCUUUCGGCUGACGCCCUAUAAAUCAUUUGAAGAACUUACAGGAGAGAAAGAAAUGGCUGCGGAGUUGGAAGCACUCUACGGUGACAUCGAUGCCAUGGAGCUGUAUCCUGCUCUUCUGGUAGAAAAGCCUCGUCCAGAUGCCAUCUUUGGGGAGACCAUGGUAGAACUGGGAGCACCAUUUUCCUUGAAAGGACUCAUGGGUAAUCCUAUAUGUUCCCCUGACUACUGGAAGCCUAGCACUUUUGGUGGGGAAGUAGGUUUUAAGAUCAUCAACACUGCCUCAAUUCAGUCUCUCAUCUGCAAUAACGUGAAAGGCUGUCCUUUCACUGCGUUCAGUGUUCAAGAUCCGCAGCUCACCAAGACAGCCACCAUUAACGCAAGCUCUUCCCACUCUGGACUGGAGGAUGUGAAUCCCACAGUAUUACUAAAAGAACGUUCAACCGAACUCUAGAAACCUAGUGAUCGUAUUUAUUUAUUUAUAUGAACUGUUUCUUUUAACUUAUUUAAUAUUUAUAUUAAACUCCUUAUGUUACUUAACAUCUUCUGUUAAGGAGAAAGGAGUCAUACUUGUGAAGAUUUUUGUGUCUCUUUUAGAGAUGUCAUUUCUUCAAGUUAAGAGGAAAACGGUUUUCAUUCUUUUUUAUAAACCAAUGGGAAAUGAGUUUGAUAUCUUUUUACUUGAAUUUCAAGUUACGUUGUUAUAAUAAGAACAAAAGCAAAGAUGUUGGAACAUUGAAAUGCUGUUACGAGAUGGCAAAAUGCUGCAAGUUUCUUUCGACAUUAUCCAUACUUCUAAAUGUAUCUUCCAUGAUGCAUUAGAAGCAACUACCUGCACGCUAUUCCUUUUAUUUUCUUCUUUUAGCCAUUUUGCUAAGAGAAACUCUCCUGAUCAGUUUACUUCUUCUAUUUUGUUUUCUUGGUUUUAAGAUCUGAGUUUGUCUUUCUUUGGACUCUGUCUAUAUUUUCUUAUCUGAACUUUUGCAAAUUUUCAGGAAAAC